GUACAAAUGAAUUUUUAGCGCGCUGGGGCGCAUAGAUUCUUCCGUAGAUCUUCACCGCACACUAAUAUAUCUCGUGUGUGAGCUCCUUUCUCCUCCUUCGUCUUCUUCUUCCUUCUUAUUCUCUCUCUGUGAUAAAUGGAUUAACGGAAUUUCUUACAGCCUUAAAUAAACAAAAACCCACCAACAUAAAUCCUUGAAUUCCCACGCUGCAGUGCUUGUCUGCCGUCCGCAAAUCAACCCCAACAACAACAACAACAACAAAAACGCCCAAUCCCGUGGAACUUCUCGAAACUUCCGCUUCAGUAGUAGUGUCUUUACGAUCCACUCUGCUCUCAACUUUGGGACUCCCAUCUGAGAGAGCGAUCGUCGUCACCGCCGAGGUAAUUGUCUUGUGUCUGUUUCCGACGGUUAUUUCUGUUAUUCCCGGUAUGUGCUUUCCUUUUUGUGUUGGAUUCGAUUGGCGGCUAUUUCUCGAUUCUGGGUUUCGCUGUUUCGUUGGCGGGGAAGGGUAAGCGGGGAAGUGUGGCUGUUGUAUUAGCUGAGGGGAAAUGAAGGAAGGAAAGGAUCUUUUCUAGUUGUGAUUGAAUUGUCUUUCUGGGUCUGGUUUUAAGGUCCAGUUGAACACUUUGAGCUAUUUUCAUUGCAUAAUUCAUUAAUUCUUGCUAUUUUUGGUAUGGAUGUAAUCGGCUUGAUUCCUCCAAUCUGCCGUGAAGUUAAUCCAUAUGGAAAGCUUUGUUGUGUUGAGGUUUCUUUGUAGAAGAUUUGCCUCUGAAUUAUACUCAACAUUUACUAAAAGCUGUGAUUUUGGUAUGGUCUAGGGUGGAAUUUAGUCUGCGGCGGUGGGAAAAUGUGGGACUGUUGUUGAAUAAGUAACUUUUGAACUUUUCCCGAAACCUUGUUGUGUUGAACAAAUGGAAUCUUCAGUUUCUUGUGCUUGCUUGAAUUAUUUCCCCGUAUCACUUGGUGCAGAUUGUGUUGUUGCUCUACUAGGACGACAGUGGAUUCUGCUCUCUCCUAACACGAUGAACUCCUGACUUUUAGUGUUUCUCUUUCUCCUUUGUUGAGUUCGAUAGCAUGUGAGUCAAACUCAUGAAGUCUAGCUAUGAUGGAAUGGUGAGACUGCUUCACUAUGACACGAAGGUCUCUGGACUGGAGCAAUUUUGUUCUCCAUAAUGGGUGGGCAAUUCUUUUCCAGCUCCUUCUGUGUUUGUUCAUCAUUGUUCGUAGAAUGACAAACCUUUAGGAUGUCUUGAUGGGUCAGAAUCGUGUGCGACAGAUAAUUCCAACUAUCAUUGUUGUUGAAACAUUUGCACAGAUAUCAACCACUAAAAUACAAUUAGCAUCUCGAUUAGAUCUCCUUCUGUGUCUAGCAAUCGCCCUCAGUUUGUCAUGGCUUCUUCAGUGGAAGGUCCAGAGGAAGUUCCCGUGAUUGAGAAGGAGCAACAAAAGAGCGCUGAUGAUGUCAGAUCUGAAAAGGGUGAAGAGAUCAAUGAAACUGCGACUCAUACAUCACAGAGUCAAGAAAAAACAAUGUCUAUUGUUGUCUAUGAGCAAACUCCGAGGGAACCAGACGAUGGAGCAAGUGUGUCUUCCAUGGAGCAUGAGAAAGUCUCGCAUGCCAACCCACUUCCUUUACAAUCCAUUAAGGAUGGAAGAAAUCCUGCCAUACGUGAAAAAGUCUUAGAGGAUGGAUACAACUGGAGAAAGUACGGGCAGAAACUUGUUAAAGGCAAUGAAUUCAUUCGAAGCUACUACAAAUGUACUUAUCCCAGCUGUCAAGUUAAGAAGCAGUUGGAACGUUCACAUGAGGGCAAGCUCGCGGAUAUCGUUUACUUUGGCCAGCAUGAUCAUCCUAAGCCUCAAGCCAAUCUCCCACUUGCUGUAGGUGUUGUUUCACCGAUCGAAGAAAGAUCUGAUGGCCCUUGGUCACCUUCUGUGAAAGUAGGGAAAGGACGCCCUCCAAUCGAUUCUACAAAUGCCUGUCCGAUGUCCAUGCUGACAUCUAGCGAGGAUGUGAGAGCUGUGCCAUCAGAAUCGAUGAGGAAAAGAGAUGAAAGUGAUCACAAUGAUGAUCCCCAGUCUAAACGGAAGAAGAAAGGGAACCGCGGGAUUGUUGAUCCUCCUGCUGUAGACAAGCUCGCUGGUGAACCACGCAUGGUUGUUCAGACUCUUAGCGAGGAGGACAUCAUCGUUACUGAUGGAUAUCGUUGGCGCAAAUAUGGCCAAAAGAUGGUCAAAGGAAAUCCUAACCCGAGGAGCUACUAUAGGUGCUCAAGUCCCGGCUGUCCAGUCAAGAAACAUGUCGAGAAGGCAUCCCAUGAUCCCAAGGUGGUUAUCACCAGUUACGAAGGAGAACAUGAUCAUGACAUCCCACCUUCUAGGACAAUUACUCACAACAUACCUGGUCUCGACGUUUCUACCUCGAACAUUCCUAUCAGACAACUCGAGUACAGUAAACCAGCUUGUAACACUCCUGAUGUCAAUGCUAAACCCAAGGAAGAACUUAAUGGCGAGACGAGAAGGAAAGAAAAAUGGGACAAGAGUAAAGAAAGUGUUGUCGAUAAGGGAAAUGACGAGAUUUCUCCAAGUCCCAUCCCUAGGGAUGUAUUGAAAUCAAAACAACAGCAGAAUGCGAAGUCACGUGCCUUGGAGGAAAGUGAUGCCGCGGACCAUGAUUCGGAUGCCACUACAAGUUCUAUUCUCGAGGGCAGAACAAAUGACCAACACACGGGUGAGUCAAAAGAUACAUUAGAAGAGAAUGGUUGUGGUUCCAAAGCUCAUUCUGAUGCCACUACUCAUCCAGACAGCAAACCAACUCAGCAACACAUCAUGGACUCGGAACCUGUUCAAGCUUAAGGGAAAGUAGAUUCUUUUCUUGACCUUGGGGUGAACAAUGAGUUGUUUGCAGACACUACUUUUCAGCUGUGUAAAUUAGAUGGCACAAUAAUUACAGGAUGUAGAGAGAUAUAUUAUUGGGUUGGUCGUCUAAUACAUAUGGGAAGAAGAGAAAGCUACAGUGGUUAUUUAACACUUCCCUUUCCUCCACUUUCCAUUUCAGCUUUUCCUUUCAACUCUUUGCUUCAGUCGUACAAGGCUAACAAUGCCAACAGGAACUCAACUUGCAACUUAUAAAGCUUGUAGAGCCAAAAAAAUGGCAGCUUCAAUUCGUAGACGAAAAGGUUGCAGCGAACCCCUGACUGUCAUGCGAGAAAAUUCUAACCUAGUGCCCCUUCCAGUUUUCUUCACUUCCAUGCACAAGAAGCAACCAAAUCUAGGUUCAUCCACCUGAGAUACAAUGCACCAUCCCUCACUUGAAGCCUGUACUGCUUGCAGUAAUUCUCCAGCAGUGUCUUAAUGGUAGCGUUCACCAAAGAGCUCAAAGGACACUGUGAACCCCGCCAUGGCAAACCUUGACUUCCAUUUCCCCAGAAGCUCAUGUUUCCCCACUCUAUCUCUUCUCUCACAAGAAAUCACAUUCGCAACAGCUUUGGCAAGGCAAUGAUGCUCAAUAUUUAUCCUCUCCUUAUGAUCCCUCUGGAGAGUCACAUCGAUUGACUCAAACAUGGCCAUGUAGUAGUCGAGUGUCUCCAAACAUGGCCAUGUAGUAGUCGAUUGACUCAAACAUUCGCCUCCUGCUCGACAAGUGUCACCACCUUAGGUGACAACCCUUUAACCAUCCUCAGCAACCGAUCUCGAUGGCUCUCUGUAUCGACACUCUCAUCAGGCAUGUGAUGAAGCAUGAAUGCGAAAUUGACAGCUAGAGCUUCUUCCGCAGCUUGAAUACCAAGAUCCCGCACUUGAGCUUCACAGCCAUUGAUAGCAGCAGCAUGGAACUCAAAUGGCACUUUGAACUACUCAGCCAGCUUUGACAGCCUCUUCCCUACUAUAUUCAACCCUCCACCUCGCGCAUAAGCUGAAGUUGAGUCAUCUACGGCUGUGAUUCGAAUGUGAGGUCGCCCACCGGGUCUCCCAGUGAAUGCUUGAGUCAAACUUACCCACUGAGUCCCUUGACCAAUCUGAAAGUCAACAAUGUUAACCUGAUGCUCAUCCAUCUCUAGUGACUCGCUUUCCAUAUUCAUGAAGUUAUCAGAAUCUGGUCCCAACAUUGCAGUCUCUAACUCCAUAUUCAUUGGCAUCAUCAGUGAAACACGAGCUGCUUAUUGGAGAGCCAUAUGUAUCUGAUUGGUGUGACUGAGAAUCCUGCUGCGAGAUUGGGCUUCCUCUAGGCGAAAAGUUUUAGAUACCGAAAAUGGCAUUUGGGGAAGAUGACUUCUGAUCAAGCUUCAAAAUUGUAUGCUAAUGAUACAUACAGAUGAACCACCACUACAUAGCAGCAAAACGACUAGCUCCAAUAUCUUCCGCCCAAUUUGGAAACUGGAUCUGCCAAGAACAACAGAUAGAUGGUCAAGACUUUAUUUGCCUUUUGUGAUCGAAUGUUGUAACUACUUGACUAACCAAAGACCAAGUCAUGCGCUUUUUAUCUAAUGGAACUUUCUCCCCCAAGAACCCUUAUCCAAACGGACAAAAGAAAAGCUUCUUCCACAGAAAAACUAAGUAGAGAAGGAAAAGGGAUUACUGUAGAACUAAGCUUGAGAAAAAGGGAGACAUGAACAUAAGUAAAACAAAUAGCAAGUGUUGCCAAAUUUGUGAAAGAAACUCGUUUUCUUCUUCCAUCUACAGAUUCAUAAAGACAUCUGAUUGAGAAAUGGAAUAACAAACUGAUCUUACAAUAAAAAUGAGAAAAAAUAAGAACUCCCAUGGAAGCCGGUGCUCAAUCAUAUGCAUGGUUUGCUCUUCCAGGCAAAUAAGGCAGACAUCAUGUAAGAGUCGAGAAGAGUUUAGAGAAGAUUCAAAGGGAGUUCCUGUGGUGUGGUAAUCAGGAUAAGGCGAAACUUCACCUCGUGUCGUGGGAUCUAUGCAAGGCUUCUAAGGAUCGUGGAGGUUUGGGUAUCAGGGACUUAGAACUCCAUAACAGGGCUCUUCUCUUUAAAUGGCAUUGGAGGUAUGCAUCAGAGAGAGGAACUUGGUGGAGAAACCUCAUAGAGAUUAAGUUUCCCAAUCAUUUGUCAUCCUGGUUUCCCGGAGAUGUUCAAGGCAGGAUAGGGGGCAGCCCUUGGGCCAGCAUCAUGAGAUUAAAGAACGAAUUCUGGAAGGUGGCUUUCAUUGAACAGGGGUGUGGAUUCCACACGUCCUUUUGGUUCGACACUUGGAUAGUUGGCGUUCGCUUGGCGGAAGAAUUCCCGAGAGUAUUUGCCGCGGCUGAGACCACAUCAUCCACCAUUGCGGAUUAUCUUUUUUAUUCUGAGGGAAAUCAUCAGUGGCAGAUCCCACUAAUAUAUUCUCUUAGGGGUGGGGCGGAGAGAGAGAGAGUGAGAUUAUUUGAACUUCUUGAGUCUGUUACUUCUUUGAUUCUUAGUGCAGGACCGGAGAGACCAUGCUGGUCGGCGACUCCCACAGGGAGGUUCAGCGUUCACUCGGCUGCAAAUCACCUAGCCGCGGCACAAGCUAGGGGCAUCAACAAUUUCCCGACAAAGAUGGUAUGGCAGAGUUUGAUUCCACUGAAGAUCUGCUUAUUUAUCUGGCUAGUGUACCACAACAGAGUCCUCACACUCGACAACCUCAAAAGAAAGGGAUUAUGUCUCCCCAAUCGGUGCGUUCUUUGCAAGAAACAAGAGGAGUCGGCCAACCAUAUCUUCAUCACCUGUGAAUUCUCAAGGCAGGUUUGGCUGCUGAUGAAAUCCUUCGUGAAGAUCAGCCUACAUGUAGAUGGGGCGACCGAUAUCAAAGAAAGAAUCACAAGAUGGCCUGCUGCACAACCAGAGAGCCCUGCUCAAUGGUGUUCGAAGGUCGCAUUACACGCCUUUUGCUGGUCUAUUUGGCUAGAAAGGAAUGCUAGAGUAUUCAGAGAUGUGGCUUGCCCUGCUCGGGUACUUGUCUUUAAAAUCGGAAGUGCUAUCUCUGGAUGGUUGACUGCUGCUAAGAAGGUAGAUAAAGAGACUGCUGAACAUUGGUUGAAUGAGCUGCGGUCAAGAAUGCUCCCUAAUAGCGCCACUCAUCCACCACGCUCAGUCUGAUUUCUUCUCGCAGGAGCAGUUGUCCCCUGUAUUUUCGCCUUUUUGCUGGGGUUCGGGAACUUCUUUUUGUUGCCGUUCUGUCCUGUUCUUGUAGAGGGACCUUUUCAACUCAGUCCGGCCGAUUAGUACUGUGCGCCGAGACUGAGUUCCUGCUUUUUCCUGUUUUUCCCUGUUUUUCCUUUUCCUUUUCUCUGUUAAUUAAUUAUAUAUCAUCCUUA